GGCGGGCUUGCUGUUCGUUUGUCCAUCGGGGCCCCAAAGCCCGAUGAUCGACCCCCGCCGUCCCGUCCGCGUGUUACUGCUGCGCGGCGGGACGGGGCGGUUGGACGAGCGUUGUCGCACCUUCCGGUCCGCACCGGCCGUAGGAGACGAGCUGCCUCAGGCCCGCCCCGCCGAGUGUGUUGACCUGCCGCGUCUUGCACGUUGCACGGCGGCGACGUCGCUGCCACCGAGGACGCCGCCGUCCAAUCGCGGGAGGGAACGGAGAGUACGGGCGCAUCGCUGCCCCCCCCCCCCCUUUCUUCAGGCGAUGGAGGAGCGUGAUCUGUUCAUCGGGGCGCAUGCACGAUCCGCGCGAUGUUCUGGGAUGCAUCCUGGAAGAUGUGCGGAUGACCUGAUGGAGCCAGCCGCCCGCGUCGUGGUCUGUGGAGGCGGCCGAUGAUGCGAUGGGCGUCGUGUUGGGGUCGUGUGUGCCUGACGAGCCGGAGCCCCUGGCGCCCCUGGGCGCCCUGGGCCGGCCGAGAGCGGCCAGCGAGGCGAGCGCCUGGAGGCCUCGGCAUGCGCCCCGCAGGGCCCGGAGGCUGUGUUCUGUCGAUAGAGACAACUAUUAUGAGGAGGACGACGGGGUAGAGGAGGGCGUCGAAGAAGAAGAAGAUGAGGAGGAGGAUGAGGACUUAGAAGGAGGUGAUGUGGACGAGGAGGAUGUGAAUGGCUGUGAUGCUGACCUGGAUGAGGAGGUAGACGAUGAUGUUACUGCGUCAUUAGCUUCUCCUCUUUCUCGAGCGUCCAGGGCCAGGCGCAACCUCAUGUAUGGUAUAAAAUGCCCAGUAUGUUCCAAAUUUGUUCUCUCUGAUGACAUUGAGUGCCAUAUUGUCAUGUGUUUGACCAAGCCACGCCUUUCAUACAAUGAGGAUGUGCUUACAGAUGACAAGGGAGAAUGUGUUAUCUGCCUUGAAGAUCUUUUACAAGGAGACACCAUAGCUCGCUUGCCGUGUCUAUGCAUUUAUCAUAAAAAUUGCAUUGACAGAUGGUUUGAAGUAAAUCGCUCAUGUCCAGAACAUCCUGGUGAUUAAUAUUGAAGUCCCAUGUAGGCUGUGCCGUGUGUUGCCUAGGCUGUUAAGCAGGUUGCUCAUGCCUGUGGCUGUGCCUUGGCUUUGUGACUCAAGUUUUUUAAAAGUUUUCCUUUUUGUAAUUUUUUGUUUUGUUUUUUGAGGCCACAAAGAACUUAGACUGAAGUGAGGACAGUACAACAAACUUGGUUGUCUGACUUGGACUUCCCUGGCCAAUCAAGCCUGCCCGCUCAAUAUUUUAUGUGCUAGUGAACACGUGUGCGUUUGAGUGUAGCACAUUAUUCUACAUCACGGUGUCAAGUUCAGUGCCCAAGAAGUUGAAGAAACUAUCUAAUUCCUAGUACAAUUUCGUACUACCAGACUUUGUGAGUUUUUUUAACACUUGUGCAGCUAUCACCAAUCCAAGAUGAACACAUUUUUCUUUUGAAUCGACUGAAUUAUAAAAAUUUAUAGUGGUAUGGGAAGAGUUUUUCUUUGAAAUGUUUUGCAGGGAAGAUAACUUAUAUAUUGUAUAAAAAUAUAAUUAUUGAUUUUAAGUAUUGUUGCUAAUUAUCAUUUUACUACAAGUUUUAAUGCCGCCAUAUUGGUUUAAGAAUUUGCAUGUGAAUUGUAUUUGUAACACAUACGCUUUGAUGUCGUUAGGAAUUAUUUUCGUUAGAUGGUAUAAAAGGCUAAUGAGCCAACCUUUUCUGAAAUUCUAUUGUUUUUCCUCCAAAACAUUUCUUUUUCUGCGUGAUGUUAUGAACUUCCUCUUGCAUUAAGUUCCAACUUGUUGGAUUCUCAACUAUUGUGAUGUAAGAGUUAAAUAAAUUUACUGCUGAUGCAGAUUUCAAAGUAAUUUUUAAUGUUGUGCUGCUAUGUUACUGAUGUAUGUUAUGGAUUUCUGACAGAAUUAUUUUGUUUAGUGAUUAUGUUUACCAUUCUUGUUAUGAUUGUGAUUACUUUUACCAUUUUAACUACUCAUUUGUUAUUUGGACAUUUUGUGUCUAAGUUUUAGUGCAGUAUGAUAUUAAAUGCAUUAAGUCUA